AAAAAAAAAAAUCACCCAACACUACCAUCCAUCAAACCCUUAAAUACUUAUUCACCAAAAUAAAACAAAAAAGGAAAAAAAAAAAAAAAAAAAAAGGAAGAACCUUAAUCACUUGCUUAGGAAGCAGAAAAUGAAUCAUACGCAACGGUUAAAAUGGCAUAAUCAGAGUGAACUUGAAGAGACUCAGUUUAGUAAAGAGUAGGAGCGGUCGUAUUGUAACAAUUUUGCUCACCUUUCUUUUUCCUGGUCUGGUGUGCGAGUGCUUGAAAAGCAAACCAACGACGUUUUUAAGGCCUAAAAAGACACCCAACUCUUCCUUCUCAAAAACGAUAUUUUAAAGCUUUAGCUUUCCUCAGCAUGGACGUUGAUCACCGGCAACAAAACGACGAACUUGCCGGAAUCUGACUGAAGAAGAAGAAGAAGAAUAAAGGGUAAACAAACGACUUGUCGUUGGAGUUUUAAGAAGAAGAAGAAAAAAACAGAGUUGGAAAAAUGCUUCUGCAGGAUGGUUUUGGUAGAGAAGCAGCAAAGGUUGAAAGUUCCGGUGGCCGGACUGUGGUGGUCGGAGUGAAUCUGGAUUCUCAGAGUAGAGAGCUGCUUACGUGGGCUUUAGUCAAAGUUGCUCAACCAGGUGACUGUGUGAUUGCCCUCCAUAUUCUCGGUAAAAAUGAAAUUGUGGAUCGAGAUGGGAAGUCUUCGCUACUUUCGCUUGUCAAAGCUUUUGACUCUGUUCUUGCUGUCUAUGAAGGUUUCUGCAACUUGAAACAGGUGGAUCUUAAGCUUAAGGUUUGUAGAGGAACAUCGAUUAAGAAAAUUCUAGUCCGGGAAGCCAAAUCUUAUUCUGCUACUAAAGUAAUAGUGGGAACUGCUCGGAACCACAACAAAAUCCGGUCUUCUACCUCUGUUGCCAAAUACUGUGCUAAAAAGCUAGCAAAGGAGUGUGGGGUUCUUGCUGUGAACAAUGGAAAAGUUGUCUUCAAGAGAGAAGGUCCUUCAGAAACCUCUGAUCACCAGCAAGGAAAUGAAGAUCAUCGCCGGAAUGGCCUUCUUGCUGUGUUUCAACGGUCACUGAAUAAUCCUUCUGUGGAACAAAACAAUGGCAAUGCCAAUAGGGUCCUGAAGGAUAAUAAGAAUGAUGACCGCAAUCACCAAACUUUGGAGCAGUGCUUGGCUAAAGCUGUUCUGGAAAGUACAGUCAAUGUAGCCAAAGAGAACUGCUCAAUCUGUACACCAGCUUCUUCCUUGCCGGAUAAAUCUUGCAAUCAAUCUGCAGAAGAGUCUUCCAGUGAUGGUGGUGAAGACAAAUCUAUGGCUUUAGUGCCAGUGGAGAGAGUAAAUACAGCUACAGGUUCAAUUUCUCUGUUGGUCAGAGAGUUGCCGGAAAAUAGACCUGGUUGGCCACUGCUUCGCAGUGCGGUCUUACCGGACCGACAAGAUCCUGAGAGGUCUAUGCUAAGGAAGAUCCCGGUAGUUCAGUGGGCAAUGCAAUUGCCUAGCAGGUAUCCUUCAUCUAUCCCCAAUUUAGAGCAGAGACAAUUCACUUGUGGCCCAGCUGAAGAACGUUCUUCCAAUAUAAAUGGUGAAAGUGGUGCUAUUGUUCUUGUGGGUACUGAGACUGUGCAUUCUCCACCAUCUUCUGAACACAAAUCCAAGAACUUGCCUCAAGAAUUGGAAGGUCUCCAUGAUAAAUAUUCAUCAACUUGCAGACUGUUCAAUUACCAGGAUCUCCUAUCAGCAACAUCAAAUUUCUUAGCUGAAAAUUUGAUUGGGAAAGGCGGCAGCAGUCAAGUUUAUAGAGGCUGCCUUCCUGAUGGUAAAGAACUGGCUGUGAAACUCCUGCGUCCGUCCGAAGAUGUAAUCAAGGAGUUUGUUUUGGAAAUAGAGAUAAUUACUACCUUAAAUCACAAGAACAUUAUUUCGCUUCUGGGGUUCUGUUUCGAGGAUAACAAUCUUCUCUUGGUCUAUGAUUUCCUAUCAAGAGGAAGUCUUGAAGAGAAUCUUCAUGGGAGUAAGAAGGACCCACUUUCAUUUGGUUGGAGUGAGAGAUACAAGGUAGCCGUGGGCAUAGCUGAGGCCUUGGAUUAUCUGCACAAUGGCAGCGCUCAACCAGUAAUCCACAGGGAUGUUAAAUCAUCCAAUAUUUUACUUUCUGAUGAUUUUGAGCCACAGCUCUCUGAUUUUGGACUCGCUAAGUGGGCAUCAACCUCCUCAUCACAUAUAACUUGCACUGAUGUUGCAGGCACUUUUGGAUACUUGGCUCCUGAGUACUUCAUGUAUGGAAAAGUAAAUAACAAGAUUGAUGUAUAUGCAUAUGGUGUCGUACUCCUUGAACUUCUUUCAGGAAGAAAACCUAUAAGCAGUGAAUAUCCCAAGGGCCAGGAGAGCCUCGUCAUGUGGGCCACACCAAUUCUAAAUGGAGGAAAGGUUUCCGAAUUAUUGGAUCCAUGCUUGGGGACUAACUAUGAUCAGGAUCAAUUGGAGAGAAUGGUGUUAGCAGCGACACUUUGUGUCAGACGUGCCCCACGAGCUAGGCCUCAAAUGGGUCUUGUUCUAAAGCUCCUUCUAGGGGAUUCAGAAGUGACCAGGUGGGCAAGGCUACAAGUGAAUAAUACUUCGAAGGACGCAGUUGAUGACACUGUAGACGACGAAGCUUGUCCACGAUCUAAUAUCCAGUCUCAUCUUAACGUUGCACUGCUUGAUAUGGAGGAUGACUCACUUUCCAUGAGCAGCAUUGAGCAAAGUGUCUCUUUAGAGGAUUACUUGAGGGCCGGUGGAGCCGGUCAUCAAGCUUUGACUAACUGCAUUUUCCGCCAUGUUUGCUAGUCUAAAUUGUCCUUUCUCUUUGUUUGUGAAUUCUUUUUGUAUAUUCUUUAGGCCGCCCCCCCCAAAAAAAAAAAAAAAAAAAAAAAAAACUGAAUUGCUUAUAGAUGGGUUUUGGAUGAGAGGUUGUUUGUGGGUGUGCCCUCCUCCUUCCCAGUUUAGUCACUAAACUAGUCCUUAUUUGUUGGGCUGGUUUCUGUUUUUCCUUCGUUUUCUUUAUCUUUCUUGGUGUUAGUUGUGCUCAUUGAUCUCAAUUAGAUUAAGAGUGCAUGGUGUUGUAAUAUCAUAAGAUCAUGAAUGUGUUGUGGAGGAUUUUCUCAUAAGUGAGAACAGUUCAUUAAUCUUGUACUUCAAUUAUAGAAAAUUUCUUUAAGAUGUC